AUGCAGAGAACCCAAUCUUACAGAAAUCCCCGUAUCGCUACCUCUCAGUCCCACUCACUGAGAUUCCGUCGAGCAGCUACGCGAAAUCCCCUCGAUUUCACCAUGGAGCAACACUUAGUAGAGCAAUACUUGGCGAGGAUAGGAUACGCUUCAGGCCCAGAGCAACAAAUACCAGAGCCAGAGCCAAACCCAAACCCAAGACGGAAUCUUAGACUAGCGGCUAUUGAGGAAGUCCAGGCACAGAUUCUAGACCAGCUCCAAGAGCAAUAUGCAGCUCAACAACAAGCUGCCUCUACCAUCUCAUCAAGACCAGCGAUCCAAAAUUGCAGUCCGGACCUACGCGAGGAAGCAUCAUCGCCAUCUAUUUUCCCUGACAUGUCUUCCACAGCUUCCACGCCUGGUACAGAAGCUGACUACCAGCAUUGGGAGCCUAACCUCGAGCGCGAGUCUCUAUUACCCACCCCGCCUUCGGCACCCCCAACAAAGGCCGAAAUACUUGUAGGGCUACAUUCUGAGCUCGAGCGCCGUCAGAAGACAUGUCUGGGGAUCGAGCGUCAGAUCAAGGCUUGCCAGAAAGCUAUCCGGACUCAUCCGUCUAGGCAGAAGAAGAUCGAGAAGGAGUAUGACAAACGGAUCGCGAAAUUUGGGAAGCCAGUGCCUGGUGAAAAACAAGAAACGGUCGAUGCCGAGAAGCAGAAAGAUGCCAAAACAGCAGAAGAAGCCGAAAUCGAGGAAAUGAGGGAUAUCUACAAACAAUACGAUCGCGAUUUAUCUGGAGUCCCGACCGCGGAGUCGGUGGAUGCUUUCUUCGCCGUCAUCGCUAACACUGAAAACCACAUCAAGAAGGCUGAAGAAGCGAACAAGGUUGCAAAGAAGCGGGAAGCAAGAUUGGAGGAAAAGCUUUACGAGGCAAGGUGCGCAGUGUUUGAAAUGGAGGAUGAGAUUGAGGAGGUGGAGAAUGGAGCGACGAAAAAGGAGGUCAGGGAGCCGGAAGUGGAGAAAAGCAGGAUUGAGGGUCACAAGAAGGGUGAGAGGAAGCCAAAGCGUGGGAAAGGGGUCAAAGAUAGACAAAAAGGGGAAGGAGAAGGCGGCGAUAAAAGAGUACGGAUAAGACGUAAGAGGCGGUGGAAGAUAUCUAGCAAAGCUGGGAAGAUGAGUUCAGAUAUUGCUUUGGAUAGCUAG